AUGAAGUUCUCUACUGCCUCUAUCUUAGCCAUUGCCGCUUCCGUCGCUUCUGCUGGUACCGUUGUCUCUGACGGUGUCACAUACGUUGACAUCACUACAACCCCAGUUGUUACCACUUCUGCAGUUUCUACUGUAAAGACCACUUCCACUCCAUACACCACUACCACUGUUUCUACCAAGCCAGCUUCUGUUUCUAGUUCUGCUAACUCUGCUAGUGCUGCCAAGGGUAACGCCGCUGUCAUCUCUCAAAUUGGUGACGGUCAAAUCCAAGCUACCACAGCAACCCCAGCCAAGCCAAGCUCUGCUGCUCCAGCUAAGCCAAGCUCUGCCGCCCCAGUCUCCCCAGCCUCAUCAUCCAAGGCUUCUCCAUCCUCUGUUGCUCCAGCUAGUCCUUCUAUUGAACAACAAAAGUCUUCUACACUAUCUACAUCUGCUGUUAAGACAAACCCAGCUGUUGUUUCUCAAAUCCACGAUGGUCAAAUUCAAGCUUCCACUCUACAGCAACAACUAACUAACGCCGCUGGUAAGAACUCUGCUACUUUCGGUGCUGCCCUUCUAGCUGCUGUUGCCAUGCUUCUUUAA